UCCAUUUGGGUUGUAGUGGUAAAAAACGACAGCUAUUUUAAAUUAAAAAUAUCACAUACACCAUAGUAGAUCGUUCAAAAUUAUACAGAUUAUGCAACCAUUUUAACUCCACAACCACCCUUUCCAGAUAUUUAUUUGGUAGCACUGAUACACAGUCACGUGGUACUUUACCCAAAUUUGUGAAACAACGCAGAUGCAGCGUUGGUAGCAUUUUUAGUGUAACGAAACAUAAAUAAUUUAAAUCAAAUCCAACGUGUAUUGCCAAUUUCUCUUCAGCUUUGAACAACUUGGGGUUGGCAAAGGUGAGAUUCAGAUUGUAUUUAGUGGCAGUGGCUAUUAUUCGAAUACCAAAACAAAAUGGCCAGUAAAAGUGCAGAACCGGAAGAAACAAAGAAUGGAGAUCAAACUGGUGAUCAAAUAAGAAUGGUACCACUUCAGGGUUAUCCUAGUGGCCCACCUGGACCCAUUAUUCAGAGUCAGCCUAACAGUUUUGUUAGUCCCAGUGUUUACCAAGGUUGGACAACUAUACCAUUACCAGUAAGAGCUUUCAACUAUCCCACUGGUUUAGACUACCUCACCACUAUCGACCAGCUACUAGUCCAACAACAAGUUUUAAUAGAAGGUUGCAAAGAUUUCCAAUCUACAAACCGAUUCCAAAUCAAAAAUACCUUUAAUCAAAUAAUUUUCUUCGCGAGUGAAGACUCAACCUACCUGUCAAGAAUUUGUUGUUACACGACGCAUCCCUUCGUCAUGAAACUUUCGGACAAUUUUGGAAACGAAAUUCUUCAUUUCCAUCGAGUGUGUGCUUGCGAUUGCUGCUGCUUUUUCUUUUGCUCACAAAAACUGGAAGUUCUAUCUCCUUCAGGAACAUUGCUGGCUGUAGUACAGCAAGAAUCUACUUUCCUUUAUCCAAAAUUUACUAUCAAGGACUCCAGUGGACAGAUUAUUUUGAGGGUAGAAGGUCCUGGUUGUCGAAUGCGGUGUGGCCCUGUUCGUUUUAAGAUCACCUCACAUGUUGGCUUGGUGGAAGUGGGAGCUAUUACUAGGCAGUGGUUGGGUUUUUGUAGGGAGUGUACCUCUGACGCGAACAAUUUCAAGAUUACUUUUCCCCAAAAUUUGGAUGUGAAAAUGAAAGCUGCGGUUCUAGGAGCUUGCUUUUUAAUCGAUGUGCUGUUUUUUGAAUGUUGAAUUUUUAGUGGACGAUUUUUCGUAUUAUAAUU